AUGCUCCUCCGACGUUUGUCGCUGCCGUCGCUGCGCUGCCGUGUGGGAGCGCCGGCGCUCGGGCGGGCCGGGCCAUCGUCGCUCCGCUCGCUCUCGUCCGCCGUGCCGCUCGCGCCGCCGCCGCUCGCGCACGCGCCGCCGACCGAGCUGGGGCCGCUCGCGCUCAACAGGAUACGGGACAACUACGGCGCGAGGCUCAAGAAGACGCGCGUCGGGCGCGGCGUCGGGUCGGGGCGCGGGCGGAAGAGCGGCCGCGGCAUGAAGGGCAUGGCGGCGCGCGCGGGCAACAAGGGCUUCCUCCUGCAGAGCGGAGGCCAGACGAGCGACGUGAAGCGGAUCCCGAAGCGCGGCUUCUACCGGCUGAAGCGGGAGUACCUCGGCGUCAACCUGCAGGACCUCCAAUCGUGGGUCCUCUCGGGCCGCCUCGACCGGCCGGCCGCCGACGCGCCCAUCACCGGCGUCUCCGGGAUCAAGCUGCUCGGCCGGGGCGGCGGGCAGCUGCAGGUGCCACUGCACGUCGAGGCGCAACAGCUCUCGGCCCCCGCUAUCCAGGCGAACCUCAAGCCGGGCGACGUCGUGCGGCCGCACGAGCACCCACCCCACGUCGACCUCUCCGCUCGCAACCCGCGGUCGGCGCUGCCUCUCGGUCGCCGUCGCUCCGACUGGGAGGCGGAGCGCAGCGGCGGCGGAAGCGGCGGAGGAGGCGGCGGCGGCGGCUGA